GAUGACUUGCUUGGCUUGUUGCUCCAAUUCAGUCACAAUAAAGGUCAGGACCAUGCGAUCACAAUAGAUGACGUGAUAGAGGAAUGCAAGCUAUUCUACUUUGCCGGCCAGGAGACAACAUCUGCAUGGUUAACAUGGACAGUACUCCUCCUAGCCAUCCAUCCAAGCUGGCAACAGAGAGCAAGAGAAGAGGUUCUGAACAUCUGUGGGAAGAAUACACCUGAUUUCGAAUCCCUGAGCCACCUUAAAAUUGUGAGUACCAGCAUUUUCUCUGUUAAUAGGAUAUCAUCACACUUCUUUCUGACUAUUUGCACUUGGGAAAAUUGGAUUGCAGGUAACCAUGAUACUGCAUGAAGUUUUGAGGUUAUAUCCACCUGUGAUCUCUCUGUAUCGACACACCACCAAGAAAACAAAAUUAGGAAAUUUCUCCUUCCCUGCUGGUGUUGAUCUCUUGCUACCGACGAUCCUCAUCCACCAUGAUCAAGAGUUUUGGGGUGAAGAUGCUGAAGAGUUCAAGCCAGAGAGAUUCUCAGAAGGGGUUUCAAAGGCAUCAAAAGUUCAGAAUGCAUUCUUUCCCUUUGGUUGGGGACCAAGGACAUGUUUGGGCCAAAAUUUUGCAAUAAUAGAGGCAAAGAUAGCUCUGGCUGCUAUUCUCCAACAUUUUUCUUUUGAGCUGUCACCCUCAUAUUCUCAUGCUCCUUACACUGUUAUAACUCUUCAGCCACAGUAUGGAGCUCAUAUCAUACUUCAUCAACUUUGAGAUUAUAGUGAAAGAUGUUAAUGUUUUGGAGCAAGUGCUGCCUUACAGGUUUUCUCGCAUAAAAGGUGUUAGUUUUGGCAUUUGUAGUACUGUCCUUACUAGUUGAUCUUAUUCACUACCAGUAAAUAAUGAUGCUUGAUCAUUAUUAUGAUUAUUA